AAUUUCCCUCCCUAAUUUCUGAGCUUCCCUCCCUAAUUUCUGAGCUUCCCUUCCCGGUAGACUAACCCAAGUAAUUUUUGAGCUUCCCUCUCUAAUUUCGAGCUUCAUUUCUGCUAAAAUCAUACUCCCCUGCACAGAUUCCCCAUUUUCCAUCCCUAAUUUCUGAGCUUCCCUUCCCGGUAGACUAGACCCAAGUGAUUUCUGAGCUUCCCUCUCUAAUUUCGAGCUUCAUUUCUACUAAAAUCAUACUCCCCUCCACAGAUUCCCCAUUUUCCAUCCCUAAUUUCUGAGCUUCCUUCCCCGCAGAUCUCCAAAACUUGUAAUUGAUUUUGGUAAAACUCAAAAACCCAUUGAACCCAGCUGCAAAAUUCGUUUUCUCCAGUCUAAUCCAUCAACGACAAAGGGUUUCGCGCAGCCAACCGCAGCCCCGCUUGCUCUCUCCUCUCCGUCAACCAUGGUACCGCCGCCUCUCUCUCUCUGUUUCUCUGCGAUUCCAUUAGGCUAUGCAUGCUCACCUUUUCUAUUACUGGUUUCAUUUUUGUUUUCUGAUUGUUUGGUUUCUGAUAAAAAGCGAGGAUUCUGCUUGAUUUUCAAGUCUCAAAGUUACAUAUGUGGGAAGAGGAGUGCUUGGGGCACUCGCCUCCUGCACUCUCCGACCAACACUUUCAUUUUUAUUGGGGCAUGUUGUUCUGGUUCGAAAGAGGUUGCACUACAAAACUGGAAACAAGCUUACGUUGCCCAAUGAAAGGGGAAGUGUUGGCUGGAGAGUGCAAAAGGCGAGUGUCCCUAGCACUGCUCAUGUGGGAAAUAAAUAUUUAGAUUGAAU